GUGCCGCAAACACCCCACCCCACCCCGCCGCUGCCCCGCACCUCCCGCUCCCAUUGUCGAUGCUGAGGCCCGCGCGCGUCGCGAUCCCCCUCGCUCACCUCAUCCACCCUUGCCGAGUGAACAACCCGCCCCCUGGUCGUCGUUCGUCCACUCUCAACCUCGUCGCGCCGCCUCUCUGCUUGCCCCCAGGGGCACCACUCUCACCAUGGGAGUGAAGCGACGGCGCACGGCCUCGCCUUCCAGCAGCGCCAGCGGGGGGGAUGCCGAAGAGCCCCCCCCCCCAACUGCUGCCGCUGCGGUGCCCCCCCGCAAGCGGCGCCGGCCACACACGCAAGCAGUGGAUCCUCUGGGCGUGUGCCAUGAGUUGUACAAUACUCUGCGGGACACGCGGGAUGGACACAGUCGGCUGCUGUGUGAAUUCUUCAUCCGCGUGCCCAAGCGCAGGAACCUCCCCGACUACUAUGACGUGGUUUCUCAGCCCAUGGACCUGCUGAAGAUUCAGCAGAAGUUGAAGACGGAGGAGUACAACAGUGUGGACCAGCUUACCACCGACAUCCAGCUCAUGGUCAACAACACCAAGGCCUAUUACAAGGAGGGCACGGUGGAACACCGCGACGCGUGCCGCCUCUGGGAGCUCUACGUCUCCAAGCGCAAUGAGCUCAUCCACCCGCCCUUGGACGUCGCCACCGCCACCAGUGCCGCCGCCGCUUCCGCCGCCGCUGUCGCAGCUGCGACGACCGCCAAAGAGGAGGAGGUGGAGGAGGAAGAGGAGGUGGACGAAGCGGAGGAGGAAGAGGAGGAGGAAGCGGGGGAGGAAGUGGAGGAGGAGGAAGAGGAAGACGCGGAAGAGGAAGAAGCGGAGGCCGAGCCUGAGGCUGAGGCGGAGGAUCUUGAGCAGGAGCAGGGUCAGGAGAGCGGAGCGGGCACCACGGAGGACGACGAGAUGCAUGGGAAGCCGCGUGUGCGGGGCCUAAAGGAGCACCUGGAACAGCUGUUUGAGACAGUGGCGACGUACAGCGACCCAUCCGGACGCCUCAUCAGCGAGCUCUUUCAGAAGCUUCCGUCACGCACGCACUACCCCGACUACUACGACGUCAUCAAGGAUCCCAUUGACCUGAAGACGAUCGCUCAGAGGAUCCAGACCGGCUUCUACAAGAGCAUAACGGAGAUGGCUCGCGACGUGGAGACUCUGGUGAAAAACGCACGCAACUACAACGAGCCAGGAUCUCAGGUCUUCAAGGAUGCGCACACGAUCAAGAAGAUCUUCAACCAGAAGAAGACAGAACUGGAGCACUCACUGGAGCCCGUGAAGACCAGCCUGAGGAUAAGGAACCGGCGCUCGGCGCAGGGCGACCGCCUGUCGGCUAUCACCAUGACGCUGCAGUACGGCUCCGAGAGCGAGGACGAGGAGCAGCAGCAACCGCUAAACGAGAGCCUCAACGCCACCGUCCGACGGUCGAGACUAACGGCGGAGUGGCAGCCAAAGGAGGGAACGCGCCCCAGAGGACGUCCGCCGCGGAGACGGAGCGAUGAGAUCAGCUCGUGCGCAGGCGACGACAGCAUGCAGUACGAGGACGCGCCGAACUCCGACGAGGAUGACGACCACGAUGGCGGCGGCAGCAGCGUUGGCGGCGCCGCCGGGGGGGGCACGACCGCCGUGAGUCCCGGCGGGAGCUCUGAGUCCGGCGGGAGCCUCCUGCAGCGGCUGCUCGACUCCGUGCAGAACGCGCGCGGCGCCCAGGGUCAGCUGCUUGCCGACCCCUUCCUGCGGCUGCCCUCCCGCAAGGAGUACCCCGAGUACUACGUGCUCAUCAAGCAGCCCAUCGCGCUGCUGCACAUCAGGAGCAAGCUGCGCGCAGGCGAGUAUACGAGCGCCGACCAACUGGAUUCCGAUCUCACGCUCAUGUUCGAAAACGCCAAGCGCUUCAACAUGCCGACGUCCUCCAUUUACAAGCGCGCCGUCAAGCUCCAGCACCUGCUGCAGAUUAAGAAGCGCUUGCUGCUGCGCUCUGCGGACAUUUCGCGGGACUUGGGCGACGACCCGGAGAGCAGCACGGCCUCCACGCCCGACACCGCCAGCGGCAAGCGCAAGAGGAUAAUAAGCCGCAUCCUGCUCACGGGCUCCUCGGGCAAGAAAGUGUACAAGACGCACAAGCGGCGAGACGCCGACUCGGCGCUUAAGCGUCGGCUGCGGGCCCUGUACGCGGCCGCGAUGGAGGCGCGCGACCCCGCGUCGGGGCGCCGCCUCGUCGACCUGUUCAUGGUGCGGCCGUCGCGCAAGGACUACCCCGACUACUACAAGAUCAUCCUGGAGCCCAUCGACAUGCGCAACAUCGAGCAGAACAUCCGUGCCGACAAGUACACCAGCCAGGAGGCGCUCAUGGACGACUUCCAGCUCAUGUUCCGCAACGCGCGGCAUUACAACGAGGAGGGGUCGCAGGUGUACAACGACGCCGUGACGCUGGAGGGGCUGAUCCGCGAGAAGCUCAAGGAGAUGGGGCCCCUGACGGAGGAGGACGAGUCCCCCUCGCCCAAACUCAAGCUCGGCCGCAAGAGCGGCCUGUCUCCGAAGAAGAUCCGAAGCCUGACGCCACUGCAGCAGAAGCUGAGCGACCUGUACGAGGCCGUGCGCAGCCACACGGACCGCCGCGGGCGCAAGCUGUGCACCAUCUUCCUGCGGCUGCCGUCGCGCUCCGAGCUGCCCGACUACUACGUGACCAUCAAGAAGCCCGUGGACAUGGAGAAGAUGCGCGCCCACAUGGUGGCGGGCAAGUACCAGGACGUGGAGUCGCUCGUGGAGGACUUCACGCUCAUGUUCAACAACGCGUGCACCUACAACGACCCGGACUCGCUCAUCUACAAGGACGCGCUGGUGCUGCACCGCGUGCUCCUCCGCGCCAGGCGCCAGCUGUGCGACAACGAAGACGACGAGAUCGAUGCGAUAACCGGGGGCGGCGGCGGCGCGCCCAAGGUGGGCCUGCUCGUGCGCGAGCUCAUUAACAACCUCUUCGUGUCCGUCCUGAGCCACCAGGACGAGGAGGGGCGCUGCUACAGCGACUCGCUCGCCGACGUGGUGUCCUGCCCGCUGGCCGUCGACGCCGGCGCCGAACUUCCCGCCACCGCCGCCACCACCACCCCUGUGGUGGCGCCGGUGGCCGCCGAGACCCAGGACCGGCAGCUGACAUUCGAGACGAUCCGGAGGAACAUCGAGAGGGGGCGCUACCGUCGUUUGGACGUGUUCCAGGAGCACAUGUUCGAAGUGCUGGACAGAGCGCGCAAGAUGAACCGCACGGACUCGGAGAUCUACGAGGACGCCGUGGAGCUGCAGCAGUUUUUCAUCAAGAUCCGCGAUGAGCUGUGCAAGAACGGAGAGAUGCUGCUGUCGCCGGCGCUCAGCUACACGGCAAAGCACCUUCAGCACGACCUGGAGAAGGAGCGCAAGGAGAAGGUUCCCGCCGAGGCAGCGGAAGAUCGCGCCAAGCGCGACGAGGACGGCAAGGACCCGUCCGACUUUAAGAAGAGCGAGGGGUCGGACACGCGGGCGGGAGGGCAACGAACAUACAGCCAGGACUGCAGCUUCGAGGAUAACAUGUACCGCGUGGGCGACUUUGUCUACGUGGAGCCGAGCUCCUCGGACCUCCAGCCCCACAUAGCCUGCAUUGAGAAGCUUUGGGUGGACGAUAAUACUGGAGAGAAGUGGCUGUAUGGCUGCUGGUUCUACCGGCCCACGGAGACCUUCCACUUGGCCACACGCAAGUUCCUCGAGAAGGAGGUCUUCAAGAGCGACUACUACAACACGGUGCCCGUCUCCAAAAUCCUGGGCAAGUGCGUCGUCAUGUUCGUCAAGGACUACUUUAAGUCGCGCCCGGACGGGUUGCGCGCGGAAGACGUGUACGUGUGCGAGUCGCGCUACUCCACCAAGGUGAAGGCCUUCAAGAAGAUCAAGCUGUGGUCCGUGCCGCCCAGCACGGCGCGGCUCGUGGCGCGCGACGAGCCGCUGCCCGUGGUGCGCGUCGCCUCCGUGUUUGCGUCGCGCGAGCGCGACAGGGAGCAGCGCGAGAGGGAACAACGCGAGAGAGAGCGCCCGCGGGACGGGGCGACGGCGACCGCGGCGACGCUCGUGGGGCCGCUCACCGCAGGACUCGACGAGGCCAAGGUGGCCGCGGCAGCUGCGGCGGCGGCGGCCGCCGGGAUGAUGGAGGAGAGCAACGACGAUAUCAUCGACAAGGAGCGGGAGGACGUGCUGGUGGAGAUGCCCAACGGAGAGCCCGGCUGCCAGUACUUUGAGCAACUGGGCGUGAGUGGCCGCUACCACAAGAUCGGGGACUUCGUGUACACGCGGGUUGAGGGUCGCGAGCGGCCGCGCAUUGGCAGGGUGGAGAAGCUGUGGAGAGACAAAGACGGGCGGGUGUGGUUCUUCGGGCCGUUCUUCAUCCCUCCCGAGGACACGGAGCACGAACCGACCAAGAUGUUCUACAAGAAGGAGGUGUUCCUGAGCACCGUGGAGGAGACCUGCACCAUGGACACCAUCAUCGGCAAGUGCUGCGUCCUCGCCUUCAAGGACUACCUGGUGUGCCGCGCCACCGAGGUGGCGGAGCGCGACGUGUACGUGUGCGAGAGCCGCUACAACGAGGCCGAGCGCCACAUGAAGCGCUUCAAGGGCCUGCGGCGAUUCUCGCUGUCGGCCAAGGUCCUCGACGACGAGAUAUACUACUUCCGCAAGCCCAUCACGCCGGCUAAGGAGCCGUCGCCGCUGCUCGACCGCAAGAUCGCCGAGCUGGAGGCGCGCUUCGCGGAGCAGGAUGGCGGCGUCGGUGGUGCCGGCUGUGCCGGCGGAGAGGAGGACGAGGAGGGCAUGGAGGAGGAGGGCGACCUGGCGGAUCACGCGGCGCUCGCGCAGCUCCACGCGCCGCUAGCGGGCGACCUCGACUCGUCCGCGUACCUCACCCCGCAGACGACACCGAAGGCGGUGCGGGGCAAGGCGAAGGACGGCAAGCGUAAGACGAACCCGAGCGGCUACAUCCUGUUCAGCAGCGAGAUGCGCGCCGUGGUGAAGGCCAAGAACCCCGAGUACACCUUCGGCGAGCUAAGCCGCAUCGUCGGCACGGAGUGGCGCAACCUGGACGCAGUGAAGAAGGCCGAGUACGAGGACCGCGCGGCGAAGCAGGCGGAGCUGCAGGAAAGGGAGCGCGCCGCCCAGCAGCAGCAGCAGGCAUCGGCGUCGCCGCGCGCUGGCACACCCUCGGGGGGCGCCAUCAUGGGAGUCGUGCCGCCCCCGACGCCUAUGGGAGCGCUGCAGCAGCAGCUGCCCACCGCCGCCGGAUUCAUAGGGGGCUUCCCUCCCCCGCUGGUCAGCCUACAGGGCUCCAUAGAGGGGCUGGGGGCCCCUCCCCUCAUUGCUCCGCCAGCCCCCAUGCUGCCGUUUUACCCCCAGCCCAUCACCAUCACUCCGGGUGGACGUGCCAUGGGGCAGCAAGUGGGGGCAGUGGGGGCAGGCCAGACACCAGGAGCUGGCUUCCAACAGUCUCAGCAGCCGCCCCCCCCGUACCCGGCGCCCCAGGUGGCGGUGGCGGCCGUAUCGUCACUGCCGCCGGCGCCCAUGUUCGUGGCGGCGCCGCCCCGGCCCCAGCGCCUGCUGCACUCGGAGGCGUACCUCCGGUACAUCGAGAACCUCAACAACGAGUGCCCUACCGUCAGCAAGUGGGAGCAGACGGUCACCGCGCGACGGGAGGAUGUCCCCCUGAGCCGCGAGCAGGAAGCGCGCCUGCCCACGCACUGGCUGCAGGGCAAGGGGGCGCACAACAGCCUGGCGCACGCGCUCUGGCGCCUGCGCGACAUCAUGCUGCGCGACGCCCUGAACAUCCGGCAGGCGCACUCGCUCGACUGCGACUAAUGCACGCUGACGCCGCCCCCCCCCCCCCCCUCCAAGUGCAUCCCCUCCGAUCGCCGUCCCACACUGCCACCACCGCUGUCACCGUCGCCGCCUCAUCUGUCCCCUCCAACCCUUUCUCCCUCCAGCGCCACCACCAUCCUCGUCACCACUGCCAUUGUCGCUACCACAUCCGCCACCAUCCCACCUCUCUUUCCACCCACCGCCACCUCUAUCUCUCACAAUAUCUAUCCUCUCUGACCCUAUCCCCCUCCGCUACUACUACCACCACCACCGUCCUUGCUGCCACCGCAAUUGUCGCUGGUGCUGGCUGCCACCUCCCCUCUAUCACUACCCAACUUCCCUCCACGACCACUAUCCUUACCACCAUUCCACUGCUAGCACCACCACCACGCCUCCCACCACCACCGCCAUCCUCGUGGCCACCAUCAUUCUCGCUGCCACUACCGCUGCCACCACUGCACAGGAUCUGGCGAGAGGGACCAUCGGGCAGGCGGGUGCUCGGAUCUGUUCCGGGGUCGAUGUAGCUGGCGCUGCUGCCUGGACAUCGCUGCCAUCGUCAUUAUUCAGCCAUCCCCAUCAUUCUGGUUGUUCUGGUUGCUCAUGGCGCUGAGUUUGGCAGCGCCGGUGUAAGCCGAACGUCUUUGCUGACCGUGAGAUAUCGCCGUCUUUGACAACAUGGUGGCAGCACGAGAACGAUCACGUCGCAAGUCGUCGCUUCUGCGCCCGGCGCAAAUGCAGCAGGAACGGCAGGAGUAACGCUUGCACCGAAUGUCGACACAUGCGGCUGGACCUCAGCGCCACCUAUGUCUGGCUGCGGCGCCAGCGGCCCCGCUGCCAGCUGUUGUUGGCGUCGUUGAGGAUCAAGCAUGCGGUGUUUCUUGGCUCCAGGUCCUGUCUGUAUGGAGAGGUUGAACCACUUUGUAUCGUUCAUUGUGAGACUGAACAGGUUUAGGGUUCGUUGGAAAAUGAAUAGGGUCAGCGUUCGUGUGGAAAAUGAGACAUUGCAUCAACAGGGGGUUUAGGCCGUGAAAAUUGAGACUUUUGAAGAACAAGGUUUAACUAUAAUUUAUGUGAGUCCUGCAUAGGGAUGUUUGGCCACUUCCAUUGUCUUAGGAGUGUUUUGUCUACUUAUUUCAGUAAUUUUAAGGCAUCAAAGUAUUCUUUAAAAAAUAUCUGACUAUCACAAUAUAUUCUGCCAGUUCUUUCUCACUGCCAAGAAGAAAGGACCGCUUCCCCAAACGUGAGCUUAUUUUGUAUACUUUUUUUAUUUAAACUACUUGGCAUGGUUAAUGAAAAGAAAGGCGAGGUGAUAUUGCCCCUAGUGAACGCUCUUCUGCCAACACGGUCCCUUGAUGUCUAUUUUAUCUAGGGCUGCCGCGAUAUGGCAAUGCUACGACAUAUCGCAUGAUACAAGGUCCUUGGUAAUCCUACCGUCCCCAUUGAGAACAUCAAGGUGAUUGUGGCAGACAAAAUUUAAAUAAACAUUUCAGAGUAAAUAGCAAUUACAAAUUCAGGUAGUGCUUCACGAGACUGUUUCGGAGUGGCUAAUGGCGUGUUGCUUUGAUUUUGGGUCGUGGUUGCGCAUGCGCCCCCCCCCCCCCCCCCCCGCUUUUUAGCAGACUUUCACGGUUCGAAUGCAGCAGCCGCCCUGGUUAUUGCAGCGGGUGCAUGAACCGUAAUAACACCCUGCGCGCUGUCUGCUUCACAGUGGACACUGAAGACCUCGUGAUGUCGUUCGCAACAGGGGGGGGGCCGUUGUGUACUCGCAUCGUGGGUCGAAAUUUGCAAAAAUUACUGCACGUUACUCAAUUGAAAUACUAUAUUCAGUUUAGCAAUCACUGCCCCCUACUGCAAAAACUUGGCAGAACACUCCUGAAUAGAGACUCGGCAAAAAAGCUAUCCCAGGUAAAUGAGGUACAUGAGCAUAAUACGUAACAUUUUAAAAGCGUGUGUGCAUUGUAUGCGUUUUAGGUUGUACACACUUAUGAUGGAAAUGCUAUUUUUAUUUGUUCUGAAAGUGACAAAAUCACAAAAAAACGAUACAUUAAUACAGUUACAAAGUUAUUUAAAGCCGAUAUCGUAAUAUUUGAUAUCAUAUCGUGAAAAUGUAUGUCGUGCGAAAACCUAUGCUUGUAUUUUUUUUACUCGACGAACCGUUCAGGCUGAGUUUUAAGAGUCCACCCCAGUGUUCAACCACAAUGUGAUGGGGUGAAUAUGAAUCUCACCGGGGUCUUGCCAGUUCCCUUGCGUCAUCUAAAACUAAACCAUAAAACGAAACUUUUUAUUUAUCAGGUAAGCCCCACAGAGCUAUGUAACUCUUUUUCAGAAGCGACCUGGCUAUCGCAAAUGAUAGCUCAACGGACGUGGCUUAUGUGGAAAUUUAUCGCAGCCAUAUAUUCUAAAUACAUGUUUAUAAAUGUGGAAGGAGAAA